AUGCCGUCGAUAGACAAAUUUAAGGCCUCUAACGCCGAGUCGAUGGUCAAGCGCGAGAAUGCAUUCGCCGCAGCUUCCACCCUGCUCAAUUUAGCUAAGGGUUUGACCACUGACGUCCAGGUAGCUAACAUGUGCCUGACUGAAUUGACCAGGGUGGAAAAAUUAUUCAGGGAAGCUGAUGACUUGAUAGUCAGACUCAACUCUUAUCGCAUAACUGCCUCUUCGCCUGUUGCCGCGCCUUCCUCAUCGUCGGUUGAGCUUCCGAUUCCUCGGGUUGAGUUGCCCUGCUUUUCCGGUAAAAUCGAGGUAUGGCCCGGAUUUAUUGCUCUCUUCGACGCUCUAGUGCACCAAAAUACCUCUCUGGCGCCCGUUCAGAAAUUCCAUCUGCUGUCGUCGGCUGCCGGUGCGGCCGCAUCCGUGAUCUCCGGAUUCGAGAUGAAUUCGGCCAACUAUCCUCUGGCUUAUCAGGCCCUUCACUCCCGCUACCAGAAUCCCCGGCGUCUGGCAGAUUUUAACGUGAACCAGAAUUUAGAGUCUCGGCCGGCAUCUCUGUCUUCUUUGCCACAAUUAAAGCGGUUCAUGACAACCCAUCAGAACGCCAUAAUUGCCAUCAAGGCGCUGCCAAUAUCAGAUCUGGCAGACUAUCUUCUGUUAUCCAUGUCAUUACGUAACCUCGAUGAAGCAUCUCGCCAGUUGUUCGAGGGGCAGUUAUCCUCUGAUGAUUUUCCCACUCUCGUUCAACUGAUAGAAUUCAUCAAUCGACAUUUGCGAGUGUUGGAAAGUUCUACUCUCACCUCGGCCCGAUCGUCUGCGCCCAGGAGAUCGUCAAGACCCCAAUCCCCAGCGGCCUAA